AUGCGUCUCCAACCGCUUGUACUGUUGGCUCUCGCCACCCCGGCAUUUGCUCACGGUGCCUUUGAACAUGAAGACCUCGAAACCCAACUGGCCAAACGCGACUUCUUCAGGCACGGCCGCCGAAGCCUCGAGUCGUGCGCCGGCACCCUCAACUCGGACGGCACAAAUUCGCAGGCCCAUAAACGUCGCGCCGCCGUCGUGAACGAGCACCGCCAACAGCUGAAGCUCAAACGCUCGAUGGUGGAAGCCCUCAACACAAGCCACCUCCACACAGGCCCAUUCAUAAGCCCCAACCGGCCAGCCGACGCCUUCACUGGGGAGAAUCACGUCCUCCUCAACCCCUACGGGGACAACGGGCCUUACUACGUCCCCGGCGAGGUCAUCCGCUCAGACGCCCGCGAAGACCAAUCCGGCGUCCCCAUCAUCGUCGAGGCCCAAUUCAUCGACUUCGAAACCUGCAAGCCCAUCCCCGGCAUGUGGUGGGAUCUCUGGAACGCCAACGCCACAGGCGUCUACAGCGGCGUCAUCAACCAAGGCAACGGCGACUUCACCGACCACUCCAACGUCAACAACACCUUCCUCCGCGCCGUCUCCAUGGCCGACGAAGACGGCGUAGCCCAAAUCAAAACAAUCUUCCCAGGCCACUACACCGGCCGCACAAACCACAUCCACAUCAUCGCGCACACAGACGUCACCGUCCUCCCCAACGGCACCAUCACCGGCGGCAGCAUCGCCCACAUCGGCCAGUUCUUCUUCGACCAGGCCCUCAUCGACAAAGUCUCCCAGACAUACCCCUAUACCCAGAAUCCGUACAUCCCCAUCGGAAACGCAUUCGACGACACUUUCCACCAGGAAACCGCCUACUCGGCCUCCGACCCCGUCUUCCACUAUGAGUACCUAGGCGAAACCCUGGCGGACGGGCUGUUCAUGUGGGUGCGGGUCGGCGUGAACGCGUCUGCGAGCUGGCCCUCCGAGCAGAGUUUUGUGUAUGGCGCCGACGGCGGCAAGUACUCGUGUGGGACGGGCCGGAUUGGGGCGAAUUAUACGUCCGAUGACGAGGACUGUCAGAAUGAUGUGGAUGUUGGUGCUCUGCCUGGUGAAAAGGGGCCUGGGCCCGCGGUGUAUUCGGCACCUCCGCCUACUGCGUGGGAUGAUGAGACUGAUGCGGCGGAGAUCUCGGCUGCUCAUAGCGUGCUGGUGGAGGAGAAUACUCCAGCAACGGCUGUUUAA